AUGUCAUUUAAUUUACCUGAUUUGCCAUCUGAUUGCAAAUAGGCUUUGAUAGGAACAUGGACUUCACCUGAUGAUGGAUAUGCAUUGACAUAAUGCUCUUCAGACUGCUACCACAAAACAAACAAUUCAAUAAUUAGUUUUUUAAUGGACACAAGACCAAAUCAAAGUGGUGAUAUGCUUUUAAAUUAUUAAAUUGGAAGUCAAAUCAAUUAUUAAAUUUUUCAGGUAGACUUCUUAUAUGUAGGGAAUGGUGAUGUUAGGUUAAAAGUUGAUGUUAAUUCUAAACUAUAAUUUUCUUUUGCUACUCCACAAUAUUCGUUUUAUGCUGAUUAUUAUAAGGAUAUGUAUUGCUAAGCUACUACUUAGUAUGUAUUAAAAGCUUCACUGUCUUUCUAUAAAAGUGAUGCUAACUUUUUGGAUAAUAAUUUAAAUAUCCAUUUUGGAAAAAUUACUAAAUAUAAGCCAAAUUAUUACAUAUUUGGUAUCAAAGCAAUUUAAAUAUCAAUGACAUGCUCUAUAACAUGUUAAGUUUGUUUAGAUGAAAGCAAUUGCGAUGUGUGCAAAUACGGUUUUAAAAAAAUUACUCUGUUAUCGGUUUAAAAGUUUGUGAAUAGAUUACUAGUUGCUCAUAAAACUGCUUUUUAUGUGCUGUUAGUAAAACUGAAAAUCUAUGCACUUAGUGUUUCCCUGGUUAUUCACUUUAAAAUAAUUAAUAUACAUACUAUGUAGACCCUAAUUAGUGUAUCAAAUAUUCCAAUAUUGCAGCUCAGUUGUAUAAAGGUUAAUAUGUAAGGGUAAAUUUGGAACUCUAUUAUUCUUAUAUGUGCCCUAACAAUUAAGUAGUACUAUUAUACCAGGAAUCUUAUUAUAGCCUUUAUUUAUGCGGCUGUUUUACUAGCAAUUGCGCAAGUUGCCCUGUUGGCAUUUGUGCUACAUGCUCUUAAGGAUAUACCAUGA